AUGGAGAUCGCCGGGUACCGAGGCGGGAGCCUCCGGGGGAGUCUCCAGGGGAGUCUCCAGGGGAGUCUCCGGCGGAGUGUGUCGGCGUGGCGUUCGCCGAGCACGAGCGACGUCUUCGGGCGGUCCAGUCGGGAGGAAGACGACGAGGAGGCCCUGAAAUGGGCGGCCCUCGAGAAGCUCCCCACCUACGACAGGCUGAGGAAGGGGAUCAUGACCGGCGACGGCGGGGAGAUCCAGGAGGUGGAGAUCCAGGGCCUGGGCUUCCAGGAGAGGAAGAACCUGCUGGAGAAGCUCGUCAGGAACGCCGAGGAGGACAACGAGAAGUUCCUCCUCAAGCUCCGCAACCGUAUGGAGCGGUGAGUACCGAUUUUUUCUUACCCUUGGACCUCCUCGAGCACCGCAGCCCUUCGACCUCUCUCCCCCCACCCAGUUCCUGAUCGUAACGAGAUUCUUACCAUUUUUUUCUUUUUUCCCUUUCUUACCGCCGCCAGUGUUGGGAUUGACAACCCCACGAUCGAAGUCCGGUUCGAGCAUCUGAACAUCGACGCGGAGGCCUUCGUCGGAAACCGAGGUGUCCCCACACUUAUCAAUUUCUUCGUCAACAAAGCCAUGGUACGGUCUCUCCUCUGCUCCGUCCUCGGGUUUUCUGGGAGGCGAUCUCUCUCCUUCGCCGGCUCGCUUGCGAGGAUCUCACGAGAAAAAAACUAUUUUUUUUGUUCUGGAUUCAGUGGAUGCUCAGUGCUCUUCAUCUGGUGCCGAGCGGGAAGAGGCCCAUCUCGAUCCUCCACGACGUCAGCGGAAUAAUCAAGCCCUGCAGGUAAAGUCAGAGUCGAUCCCCAGGCGCCGUUUCAGAUCAGCAGCCUUAGUAGUUUCUCUCCCGGUCUUCUCGCCGCCGGCAAAGAAAUCACUCGCUGAUGAAUCAUAUUUCUGCUUAACUGCGCAGGAUGACUCUGCUUCUCGGCCCCCCGGGAGCCGGUAAGACGACUCUGCUGCUGGCCCUCGCAGGAAAGCUCGACAACACCCUGAAGGUAUUUAACAAAGAACUCUGCUUUUUCAUCCUCCCAGAACGGAAAAAGAUCUGUAAAAGCAGGUGAUUCUCUCGAAUUCCGGAGAUUGAUAAUCAUCUCUUCUUCUCGUUCACGAAACCCAACAGGUAACUGGGAACGUCACCUACAACGGCCACGGGAUGCACGAGUUCGUCCCCCAGAGGACCUCCGCCUACAUCAGCCAGCACGACGUCCACAUAGGGGAGAUGACCGUGAGAGAGACUCUGGCUUUCUCCGCCAGAUGCCAAGGCGUGGGCACCCGAUACGGUAGGUCAACGAUCUAAGGUACACUAGCCUGGACAGCCCCCGUGACCAGAUGAUGCUCACCUUCCUUUCCCCUCUGCGUGUUUCUUCGCAGAGAUGCUGACGGAGCUGUCGAGGAGAGAGAAGGAGGCCAACAUCAAGCCAGACCCCGACGUGGACGUGUACAUGAAGGUGAGCCCAGAAGUCAUGGCCGAUGUGUACACUAAAGGCGCGCAGUAGCCGCUCUCCGACUGACAGACAGGCAGAAGAAAGAAAGAAAGAAAGACGUCGUCUCGUGACUGAACUGACUUCAUCUUGCUCGCUCGUUCCUUUCUGAACAGGCCGUCGCCGUGGAGGGCCAGGAGAGCGUGGUCACAGACUACAUCCUCAAGGUAGGGACGAAUGGCGCAAUAAAUUUCAUGGCGACAUGCAGUCAAAUCUGUUGCUCCCUUGCUUCCUUCGCCGGUGGCAAUUCCACUGAUUCAUCGAUCGACCGCUGAAUCAAUCUGUUGCUUCUUUAUCGUAGAUCCUGGGUCUGGACAUAUGCGCGGACACCAUGGUCGGAGACGCGAUGAUCCGGGGGAUCUCCGGUGGCCAGAAGAAGCGUGUGACCACCGGGGAGAUGCUCGUGGGGCCGUCGAAGGCGCUGUUCAUGGACGAGAUCUCCACCGGGCUGGACAGCUCCACCACCUUCCAAAUCGUCAACUCCCUGCGGCAGUCGGUGCACAUCCUCGGCGGCACGGCGCUCAUCGCCCUACUCCAGCCCGCACCGGAGACCUACGACCUCUUCGACGACAUCCUCCUCCUCUCCGACGGCCAGAUCGUCUACCAGGGCCCCCGUGAGAACGUGCUGGAAUUCUUCGAGUCCAUGGGCUUCAGGUGCCCGGAGAGGAAGGGCGUCGCCGACUUCCUGCAGGAGGUGAGCCAACUGCCCGGCAGAAACCCCGGCUGCUACUACUACCCUCCACUGAGAUGGCGCUGACCCCGGAAUUUCGUCGCAGGUUACGUCGAGGAAGGAUCAGCAGCAGUACUGGGUACGAGAGGACGAGCCCUACCGGUUCAUUCCGGUCAACGAGUUCUCGGAGGCCUUCAAGUCCUUCCACAUCGGCGCCAAGGUGUAUGAGGAGCUCAGCACCCCCUUCGACCGCAGCCGCAACCACCCCGCGGCGUUGACCACGUCAAGGUACGGCAUCAGCAAGAUGGAGCUGGUCAAGGCCUCCGUCGAGAGGGAGUGGCUCCUCAUGAAGAGGAACUCCUUCGUCUACAUCUUCAAAGUCGUCCAGGUGAGAGCGCGUCCUCCCAUCCCCCGCCGCUGCGCCGGCAGUGACACGCAGACAUCAGCCACGGACUCGGUCGCUCUGGGCAUCUAACUAAACUCGACCGCCUCCACUUCCUUACAUCGCAGCUGUUUAUCCUCGCGCUGAUCGCCAUGACGGUCUUCUUCCGCACGAAGAUGCCCCGGAACGGGAUCGAGGACGCGACCAUCUUCCUGGGCGCCAUGUUCUUGGGCCUCGUCACCCAUCUGUUCAACGGCUUCGCGGAGCUCGCCAUGAGCAUCGCCAAGCUCCCCGUCUUCUACAAGCAGAGGGACCUCCUCUUCUACCCGUCAUGGGCGUACGCGCUACCCACCUGGAUACUCAAGAUCCCCAUCUCCUUCGUGGAAUGCGGCGUCUGGGUCGCCAUAACCUACUACGUCAUCGGCUUCGAUCCCAAUGUCGUGAGGUUAGACUCCGCCACCCACCCAGAUAGAUGAAUGAGAUGCCCCACCGCCGCCGGGAGGGAGGGAGACCUCUCUCCUUCCUCGUCCGCUAAUUGAUUAAAUUAACUCUCGAAUCGGCUCCGUCUCUGCAGGAUGUUCCGGCACUUCCUGCUCCUGGUUCUGAUCAGUCAGGUGGCCUCGGGGCUCUUCCGGCUGCUGGCCGCCCUCGGCAGGGACAUGGUCGUCGCGGACACCUUCGGCGCGUUCGCUCAGCUCGUGCUCUUGGUGCUCGGCGGCUUCAUCAUUGCCAGAGGUACAAAGAAAAACCCUCCCCAGAGCUUCUGUAUUUCAUAAUACAUCACACCGAGCAUGAAUCGGAGGAGGCAGCGAUCGUCACCGGCGACUUUCUCUUUUGCUCCUCCCGCAGAGAAAAUCAAGAAGUUCUGGAUCUGGGGUUACUGGGCGUCGCCGUUGAUGUACGCGCAGAACGCCAUCGCCGUGAACGAGUUCCUCGGGCACAGUUGGAGCACGGUAAGGAGGGCGUCAAUGGCAAGCUUAUCGUCAACAGGGCGGAGGGGGAUUUUUCUUUAUCUGAACUCUGUUUCUACCGCCGGCGCAGGUUGUGGACUCGAUGGGGCAGACACUGGGCGAGCAGUUCCUGAGGACCCGUGGAAUAUUUGUGGACAAAAACUGGUACUGGAUCGGCGUUGGCGCGUUGCUCGGAUACGUGGUUCUCUUCAACGUCCUCUUCAUCCUCUUCCUCGAAUGGCUUGACCGUGAGUUCUUCGGGCACCGAAAUCUUUCACAAAACCUCGCAUUCUUAUCGUUCGAAGCCAUGCGUCUGAAUGUCUUCUUGCUGCACAUUCAGCCCUUGGGAAAGGUCAGACCACCGUCUCCGAGGAGGCUCUUCAGGAGAAGGAAGCGAACAGAACAGGAGCGAACGUUGAACUGGCGAAUCGGGGAUCCGCUGCAGAGGGUCAGUCAGUCAGUCUCUCCUUCUGCGUCUUCUCCCACCUUCUUCUUUCUCCUUCUCUGGUUAGGUGUAUCUGAAAGUCGUGGCCGCAAAUUGCAGGCGGAAGUGUGGAGAUUAGGAAGGAUGGAAGCAAGAAGAAGGGCAUGGUGUUGCCAUUUACUCCUCUCGCGAUCACCUUCGAUAAUGUGAAAUACUCCGUCGACAUGCCGCAGGUAAAUACCUCCCUCUCUCUCUCUCUCCCUCUCUCUCUCUCUCUCUCUCUCUCUCUCUCUCUCUCUCUCUCUCUCUCUCUCUCUCUCUCUCUCUCUCUCGCUCGCUCACUCCCUGGGGUGCGAUAUGACUCGGGAAACAGAACAUGUAUGACACAGUUUUGAAAACUUGGUUGCGCAGGAAAUGAAAGAAAGAGGCGUUACAGAGGACAAGCUGCUGCUGCUGAAGGGGGUCAGCGGCGCCUUCAGGCCCGGCGUUCUGACGGCGCUGAUGGGGGUGAGCGGAGCCGGGAAGACGACUCUCAUGGACGUCCUGGCUGGGAGGAAGACCGGCGGGUACAUCGAAGGAGACAUCCGCAUCUCCGGAUACCCCAAGAACCAGGAGACCUUCGCCCGCAUCUCCGGUUACUGCGAGCAGAACGACAUCCACUCGCCCCACGUCACCGUCUACGAGUCCCUCCUCUACUCCGCGUGGCUCAGGCUCCCCGCCGAUGUCGACGAGAAGCAGAGAAAGGUCAGAAGAGAGAAGAGAUCCCCUCCAAAACGCUGACGACGACUUUCAAAAACCUGCUGCGGGUAAUUGGUUGAGUGACACUGACGGGUGUUUUUUUUUGUUUGAUCCGCCUGGACUUCCCAGACGUUCGUGGACGAGGUGAUGGACUUGGUGGAGCUGAAUUCGCUGAGGGGGUCGCUCGUGGGCCUGCCCGGGGUGACUGGGCUCUCGACGGAGCAGAGGAAGAGGCUCACCAUCGCCGUGGAGCUCGUCGCCAACCCCUCCAUCAUCUUCAUGGACGAGCCGACUUCGGGGCUCGACGCGAGGGCAGCGGCCAUCGUGAUGAGGACGGUGAGGAACACGGUGGACACCGGAAGAACCGUCGUCUGCACCAUCCACCAGCCCAGCAUCGACAUCUUCGAAGCCUUCGAUGAGGUAAAUGAAUGACGACGGGAUUGCUCUCCCCCUACUACUAUUACUACUAAUCUCCGGCGGCGUUGCUGUUCCCAUGAGAGAUCAUCCCCCUGACCCGUCUUCCCUCCCUUCCGUGGCGGUUGCAGCUCUUCCUCAUGAAGCGCGGCGGCGAGGAGAUCUACGUCGGCCCGCUUGGACGCCAGUCCAGCCACUUGAUCAAGUACUUCGAGGUGAGUUCGAGAGGAAAAUCACAACAAAAGAAAGAGCUCUUUCCUCGAGAUGGCCGGCUCUGACAUUCAUCCGCUCGUUUUGUCCAAAUUUCCCUCUACCAGAGCAUCGACGGGGUGAAGAAGAUCAAGGAGAGAUACAACCCUGCGACAUGGAUGCUGGAGGUGACGACCAUGGCCCAAGAGGAGAUCCUGGGGUUGAACUUCACCGAGGUGUACAGGAACUCCGACCUCUACAAGAGGAACAAGGACCUGAUCAAGGAGCUCAGCACGCCUCCCCCAGGCUCCAAGGAUCUCUUCUUCCCUACCCAGUUCUCGCAGUCCUUCGUGAUGCAGUGCGUAGCCUGCCUGUGGAAGCAGCACAAGUCCUACUGGAGGAACCCCUCGUACACCGCCACUCGCCUCUUCUUCACCGCCAUCAUCGCCCUCAUCUUCGGAACCAUCUUCUGGGACCUCGGCAAGAAGAGGUGAACCAUCGUCAAACAUAUCUCGGACCCCUCUCCUCCUCCCCGCCCCGCCGGCGGUUCCUCCCGGGAAAGAGGAACUGACGGAACUUGCGCUCCUCUCGCAGGGAAACCUCUCUGGAUCUCAUCAACGCCAUGGGCUCCAUGUACGCCGCAGUCCUCUUCAUCGGAAUCCAGAACGCCCAAACAGUCCAGCCAAUCGUGGACGUCGAGCGGACCGUCUUCUACAGGGAGAAGGCCGCCGGGAUGUACUCAGCUCUUCCGUAUGCUUACGCACAGGUGGGUCUCUCUUCUUCAUCUUGUUCUUCGUCCUCUUCUUCUCUCGUCUUCAUCUUCCUCCUCUUCGUCUUCUUCCUGUUCCUCCUCGUCUCACGCUUCUCUCUCCGCCUGUGUGUGUGCAGGUACUGAUUGAGAUCCCCCACAUCCUGGUGCAAACCCUGCUGUACGGGCUGCUGGUCUAUAGCAUGAUCGGCUUCGACUGGACGGUGGCCAAGUUCCUUUGGUACCUCUUCUUCAUGUUCUUCACCUUCCUCUACUUCACCUACUACGGCAUGAUGGCCGUCGCCAUGACGCCCAAUAGCGACAUCGCCGCCAUCGUCGCCGCCGCCUUCUACGCCAUCUGGAACAUCUUCGCCGGCUUCAUCAUCCCCCGACCCGUAAGCCCCCAUCCCCUCCCUCGUCCCAUCUUCGCCGGCUUCAUCUUCUUCUGUGCGCCUUACCGAGUUAUAUGAUGAUGGCGACUCUGCAGAGGAUCCCCAUCUGGUGGCGAUGGUACUACUGGGCGUGUCCCGUGGCGUGGACCCUCUACGGGCUGGUGGUGUCGCAGUUCGGGGAGUACACGGACAGGAUGACCGACGUCGAUGAGACGGUGGAGAACUUCCUGAGGAGAUUCUUAGGGUUCCGGCACGACUUCCUACCCGUGGUGGGCGUCAUGGUGGUCGUCUUCACCGUGCUCUUCGCCUCCAUCUUCGCCUUCUCCAUCAAGACCCUCAACUUCCAGAGACGGUGA